AUGCCGCAAGAAUCAAAAGCGGUCGCCGACGAUGUUUCACCGCCGCCCAAGGCGUCUCCUGAGGUUUUGAACGUCGGAAAGCCUGGCUACUUUUCGCGACGACGGAUCUUGGGACCCGUUGACAAGGAAUAUGGAGAUGCCGUCUUGCUGGUGCACUCAUUCGUGACGGGUCUGGUCGAUGCGGCGUCAUUCGCCAACUGGGGUGUUUUUGUGGGAAUGCAAACUGGAAACACUGUUAUCCUGGGUCUCUCGACUGCUGGUCUACCGGAUAACCCUCACGCCUGGACAACUACUCUUGUCUCUCUAGCCUCCUUCCUCAUCGGCGCCUUCCUCACCUUCCGUAGCACUACGCUCGUAUCACCCAAGGGCAUCUCUAACAACCGUCUCUGGCUCGGCACCAUCCUCCUCAUCCAGGCCCUUCUUAUUGUCAUCUCUGCCGCCAUCGUCAGCGCAAAUCUUGUCCCUCACAAUCGCCCUGGAUACCCCGAUGACGAGCACAAAGCUGGUGUCAUCAACAACAUUCUGAUUGUCAGCUUAUUCCCGCCUCUCGGUUUCCAAUCUGGAAUGCAGAUUGCCACUAGUCGCUUGUUGGGCUACAACGAGUUGCCGGUCAACGUGUUGACGAGUACUUAUUGUGAUUUGAUGGGUGACGCCAAGUUGUUUGCUUUGCACAACGUCAAGAGGAAUAGAAGGGCUGCCGCUGUGGUGUUGUUGUUUGGAGGUGCUGUUAUCAGUGGGUGGCUUAUGCGCAGUCAGGGUGGUUUGCAGAGUGUGCUGUGGCUUGCUGCUGGCAUCAAGUUGUUGGCUGCACUGUUUACAUUGAUCGCCCACCCUGCGAAGAAGGAUUGA